UCUUGCCUUAUACCUGACCACAUUAGCUCAUUAGACAUGACAUUACGUCAUCUUAUAACUUUAUAAUGCAAAAAGAAGUUUUGCAUAACUCUAAGAACAAUGAGGACUGGGAAUUCAAUUUGGGAUAAUAUCAUCAUUUUUAAAGCAUGGGCUUUAAUUAUAUGUAUAGCGAUUUCACACACACUAGAUGUUCAUAGUGCAACCGCAGACACUGUCAGCCGGAGUAAUAGCACAACAUCGAGCAACGAAACCAAUUCCCAGGAUAGUUUUAAUAUACCUUUUUCAUUUUUGAUGCCCGGAGAACCCUUAAAUGGGAGCAGAACUGAAUCACUCUUGUCGGACAGCACUGAAUCGCCAGAAUUGACGACGAAACAGAAACAAACAAGUCCAACGACAACGCCUUUUAAAGCACGCAAUGUAACCAUUGUAGGGAAUUCAGCGACUGACUUUGCGAAACAGGAAACGACUUCUAGCACCACUGCGCAACCGGAAGUUACAACAGACGGGACUAUUUAUAGUACAAUUACUACAGAUAUAGCACAACCAACAACAUCAUUAUCAAAAUCAGUGUCAACACAAAUUAACAGUGCGAGUGCAAUUUCAAAUUCUACUGUCGGGUCCAGGCAAACUACCAGUACUUCCGGUUUGACGUCUUUUUCAACAUUCGGAUUGGCGUCUUUUUCAACUGCUAGACUGAUAUCUUCAACUUCCGGAUUAGUGUCUGCCAAAAUUUCAGCCGUCACAAACAAACAAACAAUUACAAGUUCAAGGACAAAUCACACAACACAUUUAGCGAAUGUUAAUACAACAAUAAAUUCCACCGAUGAAUUUUAUAAUUCUACUGCAGAUCCUAGCAGACUAACGCGCACCUUUUCAGACGACUUUGAAUCACGUGAUUCGUUUUGGCCGAUAGCAUUGGCACUUACCAUUGGGAUACCAACAAUUGUUGUUCUUGCGGUAACAAUAACUGUCCUGUACAGACGAAGAAUAGCAAAGCCUAGGAGUUUACUGUCCAUGUAUGGUCAAGACUAUUUUCAGAACUAAUAUGAUACGUUUUAAACUAUAAGCAUCGCAAAUCAAAACUAGCGAAACAGACAACACCUUAAAUUAAAAACACGUUGAUCAUUCAGGUACUAUUGAGAUAAAAUCUCAGCUAUACCUUUUAAAAAUGGUGCAAUUUAUUUAAAAGUGAGAUAACAGUAGUAAUUGCUAAUAGGAAUGUAAAAUAUUCAUUUGAUACAAACAGUCUAACAUUGCUAUUCUUCAAAAUGCAGAGAAUGAUCAGGGUUUUUUUUUUCUUAAAAAAUAUUGCUGAAAACAUCACAUGUAAAAUCUCACACAUUUUAUUAAUUUAGGCGAGUCAAAUUGAGACAUGUCUCUUAUAUUUUGUUUGAAAGUGACAAUGAGAAAAUGCCUGGUGCAUUCUCCUCAUCGAGAUCAUCAUACGGUAUUGUACAUUUUUGACGUUGUAACAAAAAAAUGUAUCAUUGUACUAAAAUAUUAGCAGCGUUUCCUAUUCUGACCGUUUCCUGUUAGUUUCACAGAUGAAAACGUGUCUUACUCGGAGAAGAAAUUAGAAGGAGUGGCUUUCAUCGUCAUUUUUCAGACGUAUUUAAUUUACAGUUAAUUUUAUUGAGACUAUGGACAGAAUAAUGGAAAUAAAUUUGUUUAUUUUAAAGUAAUGCUUACGGUAUACAGUAUAUGCAUAUUAAUUCAUAUUACACUAAACUAUAAUUUGAUUGUAAUAUCAUGUUUAUUGUUUAAAAAUAAAGAUGUCUGACAUUUCAAAUCCACAGUA